UUUUCCAUAUUCCACAAACAUUUUCCAAUUUUAGAUUGUAUAAUAAACUUCCCUGAAAAAUCAUGAUAUUCCGAAAACUAUAAAAAGUCCAUAAGACAACCCAAAAAAAUUGUGAGGAAAGUUUGGGUAAUAAUAACACAUGGAAGCUCAACAACAGCAACAGCAAACACCUGCUCAGCGCCCUCCUGUAAGACCUGUCAAUGGCAGCCCUAUCUCCGGCACUUUUCCUUUGGCUUUCUUGUUCGUCGCUGUUUCCACUGCGAUCAUGCUCUCGUCUGCAUCGACGACAAAAAUCAGCCUGACCAUUUUGCAUCAAGUGCCUGAAGGUCAUGUAGGGGUUUACUGGAGAGGGGGUGCCCUUUUGAAAACAAUUACCGAUCCUGGUUUUCACUGGAAGCUACCAUUGAUUACCCAUUAUGAACCAAUUCAAGUGACACUUCAGACUGAUCAGGUUAGAGAUAUUCCAUGUGGAACUAAAGGUGGUGUUAUGAUCAACUUCACUAGGAUAGAGGUUGUAAAUAGGUUGAAGAAGGACUAUGUGUAUGACACUCUUUUGAACUAUGGGGUGCACUAUGAUAAGACAUGGAUAUAUGACAAAAUUCAUCAUGAGAUCAAUCAGUUCUGCAGCUCCCAUUCUCUUCAACAAGUUUAUAUUGAUAUGUUUGAUCAGAUUGAUGAAAGAAUGAAAGAUGCUCUCCAGGGUGACUGCACUCGUUACGCUCCAGGAGUUGAGAUCAUCAGUGUUCGUGUCACAAAACCUACCAUCCCAGAGAGUAUAAGACAAAAUUAUGAACAGAUGGAGGAAGAAAGGACAAAGGCUUUAAUAGCUAUUGAGAAACAAAAGGUUGCCGAGAAGGAGGCAGAGACACAGAAGAAGAUUGCUAUAUCUGAGGCAGAAAAGAAUUCAAAUGUGAGCAAGAUCAUUAUGGAGCAAAAGCUGAUGGAAAAGGAGAGUGCUAGAGCACAGCAACAAAUUGAUAAUGAGAUGAACUUUGCUCGGGAAAAAAGUCAUGCUGAUGCCUACCAUUAUCGAUUAAUAAGAGAAGCUGAAGCCAACAUUUUGAAGCUUACACCACAGUAUCUUGAACUCCGAUUCAUAGAAGCUAUAUCAAAUAAUACCAAAAUAUAUUUUGGAGAUAAGAUUCCGAAUAUGGUUUUUGACCAGAAAUUGUUGGGGAACUUUCUAGAACAAGUGGCCAAAAUGAAAAGCAAUGCGUCUUUGUAAGAUAUGGAAUAAAUAAGUGCAGUCAAGGUCACUUGGGUAAUAACAAAGUUUUUCGAAGAAUUGGGUCAUCGGAUUGGCUUUACAGAAAAAAAAGAUCAUCUGGUUUUUGGAGUGCUUUGCUUGAAAAAUGGAUUGUUUGAUUGUUCCUUUGUUCUUUUUGCCGGAAUACUUCAGGUUUCAAGAGUGGUUUUUCAAUUUCAAAUGAAUGAUAUUACAAUAGAAGGAAGGAAAAAACAAGGUUUAUCUCCUCUUUUCUCAAAUUUUUAACCUUCUGUAAAGUACCUAAGAGAAGUUGGAGUGGUAUUUCUACUUACAAGGCUGUCAUUUUCCUUUUGUUUGAUGCUGUAAAUUAAUGAAUGGUUGUGAGAACAUAUGCUCAUGUUUUCUUAUCCUUUGUCUCUUCCUUAGUUUUUGCUGAUGAAUUGAAUACAUGUAAGAAAUUUCAAAGAUUAGAUACUAUUUUGAUGUUGAAGGCGACAAUCAAGCAUUUGAUAUAA